CUUCUCUAACCAUUAAAAGACGAGGCAGAAUCCUGGCGUAAGAUUUUAUGGGUAGCUUGUUCUUUAAGUCUUGCGAUCAGCUACUGUAGAAAAAAUGUUCACACGAACACCGAAAGUCCUCCGCGCCUUCUUUUUAGUUGCGUCCACUCUUUUGGGAUUUGUGACAUUAUUACGACUUCCGAAGCAUCCGAAUGCCGCAAGUGGCUCCGAUCCUUAUUACACAGGCUUGUCUGGCGAGCGCGUUGACUGGUCGCGAUUUGCAUACACUCAAUAUGCCACAGACAGGUCCUAUCUCUGCAAUUCAGUCAUGAUCUUCGAGGCCCUUCACCGUCUCGGUACCAAAGCCGAUCUCGUGCUGAUGUAUCCCUCCAAGUUUCUUGUGUCUGAGAAUGAUAGUUCACUUGAAGCACGUUUACUUCGAUUUGCAAGAGAUAAGUAUGACGUGAAGCUUAAGCCAAUCGAGGUAAUUAAGAAGGGAGGAGCAGGAGCACCAUGGUCAACGAGCUACACGAAGCUCCUCGCUUUUAAUCAAACCGAUUACGACAGAGUUCUCAACUUAGACUCUGACGCUACCCUGUUGCAGACUAUGGACGAGCUGUUCCUGCUCCCACCGGCUCCGGUCGCCAUGCCACUGGCCUACUGGUUCUAUCCGAAAGAACGAGUGUUCACAUCUGGGCUUAUGCUCAUCCAACCAUCCACGGAUGAAUUCAAUCGCCUACUGGAAGAGAUUUGGGACAAUCCUUCUGAAGAAUAUGACAUGGAGAUUGUGAACAAGCUAUACGAAGAUGAUACCCUCGUUAUACCGCAUCGCCCUUACAUGCUUUUGACGGGAGAAUUCCGCGCCAAGAAUCAUGAGGCAUAUUUGGGCAAUACAUAUGAAUCGUGGGAUGCCGAAAAAAUUCUAAGAACCGCUAAAUAUCUCCAUUUCUCGGACUGGCCAGUUCCCAAGCCAUGGGUUGCAGCUACUCAACAUGUGAUCGAGCAAACUCAGCCUCCUUGCGAGGUCAACCCUGCUACUGGUCAGCGAGAUGACUGCCAUCUUCGAGAGAUAUGGCUAGGGAUGUAUAAGGAAUUUAUGACUAGGCGACAGAGCAUAUGUGGCUCUGCUAUACAAGAUCAGGAUGCUCAAUAACAGAUCGAUUUCUCUUUAGACGGCGUUUUAUGAAGGGUGUAAAUAACAUAGAACUAAUUCCGAACGCUGGACGUUCUCGCGUACAUUCUGUUAU